CAUAUUAAACGUCGUUUCAUUUUUACCUUCCUCCUCCCUUUUCCCUAAAAUGCAACACCGUCCCUUGGCACAACUCUUGACACGCGCCGAAUCGUGUUAUAAAAUAUGGUCGCAACAGCAUGCAAGAUCUGUCUCCUUAUUGAUUACGUUAUCCAACGUUGUUGCCCAGCGUACUGCAGCAACUGCCAAUAGCAAUAACGACGCGUUCGAAUCCAUUGACACGUCCCGACUCGUCUAUAAACAAUCGCUCGCGUUUGAAAGCAUAAUUGACAAUCUCAAUAGAGUUGUAGACGGUUUGGAAUCGAUACUGUUUGAUCUGCAAAAGUUAGAAUCAGACGCCGCCAAAUGGGUCACUAAAGAAACAGCCACUACUAUCAAGUCAAGAGAACCUGCACCACUUUCGACAGAGACAUUGAUCCAGGUCGCUGCUAUUCAGCCUCACGACGUGCACCGUUAUAUCGCUGAUGUCCUCCAUAUGCUACGCAAAGAUUUUGAAAAUAAGCAGACAUGGAUUGAUGAGUUACCUCUCCACUCAUCGCGACCUGAGCAAUUGGAGGAUUUAAUUCAACAGUGGGAUCAACAAACGCAUGUACGACGUGAGCUGGUCGAAGAAAUGUCUGAACGGAUCAAGCUGUAUAAACAGGUGUAUAAGGUCGUUACAUCCACCGAUUGA